AUGCAUGUUAACAUAUGUCGGUAUAGCCGCAUCCUGACAAUAGCUCAUCGGCCUAGUUCGAUUCAGCCCCAACUGGAGGUUGUGAGUCGGAAGCCGAGUAGUUUCAGCUUCCGAAGAUGGAGUAGUUGCCAAACUCCACGCUCACCACGUUUUGCUAAAACGAUCUUCUCCGGGAUUCAACCCACAGGUGUACCGCAUUUAGGGAAUUACCUGGGUGCCCUAAGAGAAUGGGUAAAGCUACAAGAUGACGCGAGUGAUGGGACGAGUUUGUACUUCUCCAUAGUUGACCUGCAUGCAUUGACAGUACCCCAAGAAAGCGCCCAGCUGAGACAGUGGAGAAAAGAGGCACUUGCUACUCUAGUAGCUGCUGGCCUUGACCCCGAUCGCUCAACCAUAUUCUACCAAAGUUCUGUAGCAGCGCAUGCGGAAUUGUUCUGGAUCCUGUGCACAGUAGCCUCCAUGGGAUACCUGUCACGAAUGACUCAGUGGAAGAGCAAACUCCAAUUGCCUGAAGACACAAAUCUAGAUACUUCAGAGGCCAGGUCAAGGCUGCGACUCGGCCUUUUCUCGUAUCCUGUUCUCCAAGCGGCGGACAUACUAGUACACAGAGCUACACAUGUUCCCGUCGGAGAGGACCAGAAACAGCACCUUGAGUUUUCCAGAAACAUAGCAAACAGCUUCAACCACGUCUAUGGCACAGUGUUUCCAGCCCCAGAGUCACUUAUAUCACCUGCAAAACGAGUCAUGUCUCUCAAAGAGCCAACAUUGAAGAUGUCGAAAUCUCAUGUAGACGAACGGUCGAGAAUCCUGCUCACUGAUUCACCUGGCCAGAUCCACAAAAAGCUUAAAGCGGCGCUUACUGACUCUGAAACAACAAUAACUUACGAUCCUCUUCGCAGGCCGGGCGUCUCUAAUCUUCUGGAGCUUCUUAGCCACUUCGAGGGACGGUCGUGCGAAGAGUUAGUUCUGGAGUUCCAGUCAACCAGUCUGCGAGCACUUAAAGAGAACCUCGCCCAUAAAAUAUCCAAUCACCUGCAGCCUAUAAGAGAAAAAUAUUUCUCGCUGAUGGAGGAUAAGACUGGCUACCUUGAGGACAUAUCAGAGAAAGGUGCUCGAGCCGCUCGAGCCAACGCUGAGCUGACCAUGACACGAGUCAGAGAAGCUAUGGGCUUGUGA